AUGAGCCAAUCUACCGAAAUUGAUGGCUUCGAGAGGCUGUCUCGCCUUGUCGCCAGUGAAGAGCUGAGAAAGCUAACCGACUUCGACAAGAGGUACCCAAUCGUUCUAGUGCCCGGCUUUUCUGGAUGGGGACCGCCUCUGCUUGGUGCUGUCAACUACUGGGGCGGAGUCGAAGACAUUCCCAAGAUGUUGAAAGACAAGGGCUAUACGGUGAUCAUUGCGACCAUCGCACCGCUUUCUUCCAACUGGGAAAGGGCAUCUGAGCUCUAUGCGCAGCUCACGGCAGGCAGGUUCAGCACGGUAGAUCCAACCACCAACAAAGUCGUCGAGACGCUCGACCUCGAGGUUCUGUACGGCACGUAUUUCGGCUCCGAUCCCCAGAAAGCGCCCGAGUCGCGCUCUACUAAGAACCGCCGCCGUGCCAUAGUCCUCCCCGGCAAGACUUGGCCUGAAAACCCGUCGUGGGUGUGGAGUAAGACGAACAAAGUGCACUUCAUCUGCCACUCCCAGGGAGGCAAUACGGUCCGUCAAUUGCUCGGCCUCAUGAGAAACGGAGCAGGAGGUCUCCACGACGAAUACUUCAAAGAUGACCACGAACACAAAGGCAGAGACAACUGGGCGAUCUCGGUUUCGACAUUGGGUACACCGUACAAAGGAACAACCAUCACGAAUGUCCUCGAGCAUCUCUUGUCGGAAUCCACCGAAGAAGUAGCACAGCUCACGGGCAGAUUGUUUGCGACAUUGUCCUUUCAAGACCCGGCCACAAGAGCAUACGAUCUACAAUUGGACCACUGGGGUAUCCGACGCCUGCACAGCGAGUCCUUCCAAGCGAUGCGUGCACGGCUGGAAGCACCAGGCGGUCCGGUCUCGAGAUGGCUGAAUGGUCAACACACCGCCUUCCACGACAACAGUAUCCAGGGUGUCGAAGAACUCCAUAAACGCGCAGGCCCUCCCUCGCCGCACGUAUGCUAUCUGACUUUCUCCUUUGACUGUACAGAGCCAUUCCCGUCGUCCUGGCCACCUUGGACGUCCCAGGCCGUGGCCCGAUUCCCAAUCUCGAUAUACGACCUACUACGUCAGGUGUUCCUCGGAAUCCCAGGGGGUCCUGCAGUGGUCUGGGUAUUGGACCUGCUCCGCCAAGGUCUCACCAAUGUGUUGAUCUGGCCCGUAUUCCAGGGCCUCGUGAAAUUCCGCGACUUCCUAAACUGGGCGACUGUCGAAGUGGCCGAGAAGCUGCUCAAGACACAGGGGUUUCCCAUCAAUCUGCCGCGGCCGGGCAAGUAUGUCCCGCGGGGGGAUGUCUUCCCACCGAUGUUGCCGACCGUCUACGCCAUGGGGAGUCUGGAGCUCACCGACGACCAGAAAACUAUCCUUGGUCCGGAACGCGGAGAUUGGCUGCUGAACGACGGCAUCGUCAAUACCAUGUCAAUGAGAGGGCCCAAAGGCGCCACUAUCCAUGAGCUGGCCCAUGAUCCUUUCCCCCUGGCGACAGGCAGCACUGCUGGCGUUCGUGGACGGUAUUGGCAUUUCGGGACGACAGGGUAUCUUGACCAUGCCGACGAGAUUGGGGUUUGGGUCGAGAGAGACACGGGCAGUGCUUUGAAAAAGAUGUACCAGGAUCUCGCAGAUCUCGUUUCGCGGAUUCCUCCUCCUUCUUGA